AUGCAGGCAGAUGAAUGCAUACUGUUCUUUGUCAUUCUGGCCCCUCCUACAUUCUCCCCUGCAUCUGCAAGCCAACCGCCUGAGCCUGCCAUACACCUUAUCAAGAUGAGCAAUCUGCCACCCAUGCCACUGACCGAUCAGAUAGCAGGAGUCUUGGAGCUCAUGUUCUGCCGAAAGCUCCAUCUGGCCACUCAUGCAGCCCAUUCUGCGCCAUCUAUAGAAGUGCCUCCGUCCAUGCCAUCCGCCCUCCUAUUGGAGUGCAAUGGCAUUGCAGAUGCUCUUGUGAAGGCCAUCCGUAAUCCUGUAAGGCUGCAGUGGGACAUUGAUAGAUAUUGCGACAGCCUUUCGAUUCAGCCCACGGGGCAGAAUGAAGUCCUCGAGGCAGAACUGGAACGGAAGUGGCCUCCUCCAUUUGGUGAGAGCGAAAUAUGCAUAGACCAGCCCGCCACCCUCGUGGACAUGCACGGACGCAUCUUGGCUUGGAUACUUCCAAGAGUGUUGAUACUAGACCGCCAGAUGAAGAUGCUCCAAGCGACCAGGGCCCUACACCCAGCAAUAGCAGCCAGUAAGCCUUCCAGCACCACCGCCAGUUGGCGACACAACUCGUUGUACUUCUUGCCUCCUAAGGAGUGUGCCCAAUUCCCAGCGGGCUCCUUGUGUCUCUCACCAGGUUGGUUCCAACAACCUUUGCAGCAUAUGGAGUCUGGGAGGCUGGAGACCUCCGCCAGCCUGAAGCUUGAGGGCAGAAGAAGUUGGCUGCGUGAUAUUCAUGACUCCUCCGCAUUGCUGGGCGCCAUCCUGGCCGUCGUUCACCCAACACUAUAUGCCGCAGGAUGCCAGUGCUUGGGUUUGAUCCAGCAAGACCCAGAAUUGCGAGAGAUGGUGCUGAACUGGUCGUCACCAUUCAAUGCACUCCAGGUGAUCGCCAACCGGGAAACUCCUUUCUACCGAGAUAGCAAGACAAGAUACACGUUCUACGACCUGUUGGCGACGUUGGGCAACUACACUUGCGCAUGGUUGAAGUUCCCUGCCAUGCGUGUCGCCAUCAAUUAUAGUCCUGGAACUGUCGUAGCCUUCUGUGGAAAGGCGAUUCGUCAUGGCAUCACUCGAGCAGAUGGCGAAAGGCUCGUCUAUGCAUACUUCAUAUGCAACAAAAGCAGGCUCGUUGUAGACCUGGAUGACAAGGUUGAGUUUGUGACCAAGGUAGCUAAGCAGACCACUAGGGGAGUACGCUAUGUGGACGUACCUUUGCCCAUGCCCACAGGUUCAAACGUGCCAUCACCUUCCAAAAGUCCAUCGAAGGCUCCAGCUUCAGGCUCCUUGUUUAACUUGGAUGAUGGCGACAUCCUGGGCAACAUAGGUGUACCGAUUCAGCUGGAUCCGGCGGCUUGGAAGACAAAGACUCAGAAUGACUUCAUGAGGGACUGGAUACCCCACCGUGAUGACUAUCUUCAUGCCAUUGUCGAGAUGGAAGCCCCGCCUGAGCCCAGAAACUGUGCGGAAUGCAAGGUUGGCGAGGGACGGUGGCGAUGCCUGGACUGUAUGGGCAGACCGCUCACCUGUACCGACUGCUGUCGUAAUGGCCAUCAGCGUGCUCCUUUCCAUCGGAUAGAGCAUUGGCAGGGUCAGUAUUUUGAGCCGGCAUCACUGUAUCGGGUUGGCAUCUGCAUCCAUUUGGGGCAUGGCGGAGAUCCCUGCCCUCUGGGCGCCUUCACAGCACAUAACAACCCUGCGCCAGUGGUGGCCCCGGGGUCCAAUUUCUGGAAUGCCUCCAAUGAAGACCUAAAUGCACAUGAUGGCGAGGUCUCAGAUGAUGGCGAGGUCCCAUUCAACUUUGCACCUCUGGCAGGCACCCUUGACGGUGAAGCAAGGCAAACCGACGAUGCUCCCGAUCCCACUUGGGAGGAAGAUGUGCCACCGGUGCUCUCCUGGCCACCUCGCCGUGAUAGUUACGGGAAUCAGAUCAUAGUCAUUGUCGACAUCUCUGGCAUUCACCAUAUCGGCGUUGACUGGUGCCAGUGUGAGAUGGCGGUGGAGCGUGACAUGCAGCUUCUUCAAAUGGGACUUUACCCUGGUACCGUCAAGGAUCCCCAUACCACCUUCACAUUCGCCGUCCUCAACGAUUUCCUUCUGGAGAACAAGGAGUGCAAGACAGCGGCAUUGAACUACUACAGCAAGCUCAAAUGGGUCACGAGCAAUACCUUCCCUGGCACCGUUCCCAUAAGUGACCGUUAUCGUGAGCUGAUGCGGGUGUCCCGCCAAUGGCGCCAACUCAAAUAUCGCAAGUGGCACGGCUUCUCACACGAUGCCCUCCAUCCUGUGGAGAAGGGUGGCCUCGCCAUCUUUUGUCCCGCCUGUCCCCAGCCUGGGCUCAACCUGCCUUUCGAUUGGCAAGCGGAUCCAGUGCAGUGGAAGUUCAAACGCGGCUUUGUCAUGGAUGGAAAUUUCAGUGCAGAGCACAUGAAGAUGAAGCACCCCGAGGAGGACGUCGCCCUCAGUGACGGCCAGGCAUUCAUGGUUGGCCAAGAGGAUUACAAGGCUCAUCUGACGGUGGCCAUGGAGUCGCAUCAGCGCUCCACUUGUCAUGAGCACCGCACUGUCAAUCAGGCCAAUGUGGAUCGCGCCAACCUCGACGCCACAGGAAUCGGGGCCACUGCUUGCGCCAGACAUGGUUUCUUCGUCCCUCAUACUGUCGUCGAUUUCCAGAAGGGAGAAAGACAAAUGAAUAUGGAUUACUCUCUCAGCAAUGCGCUCCUGACCCUCACCGGUAUCACCCUCGUCCUCAUCAUGUACGACAUCAUGUGCCAGUAUGGCGUCCAUGUCCGCAAAUUUUUCCGCCACAGCGCCUAUCUGAGGAUGCCCUUCGAGCUCAACAUAGACCAAGGCAUCGGCUUGUUUCAUGUGCACGGACACCAAGAUUGCUGCUUCCAACAGUUCUCGCCCAACUUUAUAGUUGGCGCUGGUAUGGUCGAUGGCAAGGUCAUCGAGACCCUGUGGGCGCCGACAAAUGAGGUCUCAGGCAGUACCAGGGGCAUGACCCGAGCUCACCGCCAAGAAGUCCUUGACGAUCACAUGAAUGACUCCAACUGGAAGAAGACGACUCGCAUGGUGCCAACCUUGAUGACAAAGUGGAAACGCAUGCUCCUGGGCUUCCCACGAAGCAAGGAGUCCUUUGAAGCUUUAUCUGCAUCCACAGAUGAGGAUGUCCUUGAGGCAUGGCAGAAGGAGUACGACGACGCUAUGGAGGCUCGCCAAAAUGAUCCGAAGAUCAUGGACACCUUCAAUGUCCAGCUCAUGAAGGCCCCGGGUAAAGACCUCACCCAACUCAGACUGGCGGGCGAGGAGUCCGCCAAGGGCUUGGAGAAGGGCACCGCCGGAUGGUUGUCGACUGGCCUCAAAAUUCAAGAAGCACAGCUUAAGCUUGCGAAUGAUAUCCGCAAGGCGGGUCAAAAUCCGAGUGUGGCGGAGGACCUCAAGACUCUCGAGCGCUGUCAGCGCCUCGAAGUCAGCAUUCUCACAUUCCAACGUCGCUCUGAGAAGUUCAUGGGAAGGUUGGAGGACGUUCCCGCCAUGGAAGAUCGUGACGAUGGUGCGCUCUGGGAUUCCUUGGAUGAGAAUCCUUUUCAAAUACACCCGGAGGACGCUGAGUAUGGCGAGGAUGCGAUUCCUCCUGAGCGAGCUUCCUUGAAUUUACCUUCGCAGAUAGGAUUCGUGGCCGCCGUCGCCAACGGGCUCCAGACCCUGGCGGCCCAAGAGUUGGAGUUGCGCAAAGGCCUGAUGAAUGACAUCCUCCACGAGCUUCACAUGGCGCUUGGACUGAAGUCUUACCUCUACCGCAAGAGGGUUCGUCCCACCAACAGCAUCGGAACCAUGACCCGUGCACAGGCGAAGGUUCAUGCUGCUGAUCAGACCGUCUUGGCCUGCGCCAGGCUCUAUUCUGCCAACCGACGCGCCAUUAUGCGCUUGGACACCACCGAUGAAGACUUGGCCCUCUAUCGCCCUUUGGAUAAGAAGGAUCUGCAUGUGAAGACUGCCGUCAUUGAGGCUAGCACCUUUGAGCUCAGGAACAUCAACCUGGCUUGGUUCUGGACCGUGGAUGUCACUGAAGAUCGAGGUUCAUCAGAAUGGAUGGACGAGUUCUAUAGAGUCAAUUGGCUGCGUGCCAGAGCUCAAUAUGAGAGAUGGAGGGAGGAGCGUGUCUUGGUCCACUCUGAAAUGGCCUGA